AUGGACCCAAUCUCCGCCAUCGGGCUCCUAGCUUCGAUAUCGACCCUCAUCCAGGCCAGCAAGGGGGCCUUGGACCUGCUCGGAAGUUCCAAAGAGGCAGAGCAAGACCUCGCCAACCUUGCCAUAGAUCUCGGCCAGUUUGACGAAGCUCUGAGGGGAUUUGAACGUGUCUUCCGCAGCCGUCAAACUAAGCACCAUGUCUCCGGCGAUGUUCUUCGAAAGGCGAUCAACGACGGAAAUGCUACACUGGCAGAAGUAGAGAAGCGCCUCACCCAGGUCUAUAAAGAAACUUUUCUUACCACGUGUAACCAAAAUCUACGGCUGCUCGAGGCCUGCGCGGCAGUUGUCGACAAAAUCGGGACUGGGGUUGUACCACCAGACGAUGCGACACUAUCGCCCGCACUCUGCAAGACGCAGUCCCGGAGCUCGUGCUCCAACGAGGCGCUUUCUUUCAGUGGUGCAAAGUUAGCGGUCGACUCGGCGUCCUCUCGAGAAGCUUCCGUGGCAUCCUCAGCCUCCAGCGUUACUUCCACAACACUUUCCCAUGACCACCAAAGGUGCAGCAGUGACUCUCAAGCGAGCGACCUACGGUCUGCUGUUAGUGCAAGAUCUGGGUUACUCGUUAUUCGUCGAGCAUGUAGGCAUGAUUGCUACUGCAAAUGCCAUCAACAUGAUGUCGCGGAGUCAAAGAGCGGAUUCUCACGGCUCAACGCCCGGAUAUUUCACCACAGUAGCCAGCUGAAGAGCGAGUGUUCCGAUCCUACCUGUGCAGGAGCGGCUAUGCAGAAGCCCAUCCCCAUUUCGUCCUUUAAGAGGGCCAUGUUGCAUCUGAUGACGUCAAACAGUAUCAAGAUUCGGUAUCGCUUGAAUACCUAUCGCAUGGUCCCCGUGGGGUCCAACGCGAUGCGGUACGUCAAGCACGGGAAUUUGUCCAAGUUGAAGGCGGCUAUUCAAUCAGGUGAGGCGACGCCUUGGGAUACGGCGAGCGACGGAUGGUCGCUUCUACACACUGCAGCAUACGCACGACAGCUAGAGACCGUCCAAUAUCUAGUUGAACUGGGAGGAGACACUGGUGCGUCUGAUUUGGGGACAAGAAAACCCGUUGAUCUAGCAUUCCUCAAAUCUAUUGGGCCAGACGCCACGCAAGCCGAGAAAGACCUUGUCGAUGUCUUUUCCAAAGAAGAUGAUUACAUCGACGACUACGAAUUUACCCCCAUUCACAUCGCCGUCUUUGGUCUGUAUGAACACUCCGACCCGGAACGGCCUACUCUCCAACGACUAAUAGACUUCGUUGACAACGCGAACGACGCACCCCCCGACACAAACUGGGCGGCCUGGAAAACGAAAUAUCACCACCGAUCCCCGUUAUACGUGUCAAUAAUCGAGCAAUACCGGGCCUCCGCAGCCGAAACCGGCAACACGAGCAGAGCGAUUCAUAAUCUCAUCGAUCAAAAGGACCGCAAGUUCCAUUGGACACCGCUUCACUCGGCCAGCGUGACUGGGCAGGCCCAGAAAAUGAAGAUUCUUGUUCAAAACGGUGCUGAUCCGUUUAUCCAGUCAAAUCUGAGUUUCAAUAUCAUCCAUGCGGCCGUUGAGUCAAAUGCAUGCGAGAGUUUACGCUAUGCACUGGAAAUCUCUAAACACCAUCCAGAGCAGCUCAAUCUCAACCAGGCCAAUAUCUGGGGUGAAACACCGCUUAUCAUAGCCGCGCAGGGCUGUCGGGUUGGCUGCGUGAAACUACUCCUGGACGCCGGGGCUGAUAGGAAUGUUCGACAAGAGAACCAACAGGUUGCCCUGCACUAUGCAGGGCUGUCUGGCAGGGCAGAGCGAAGGAGAGAGACCGCCGCACUGCUUUGCAAUCAGAAUGGGACCGAGCUUGAAAUUGACGCGCAGGAUGAGGAUGGAAGGCCACCUAUCUUUGACUUUUUGGACGAUCCGGAGUGUUUUAAAAUCCUCAUCAAACAUGGCGCAAGACUGGACUAG